CCGCUGACCACGACCGUGGAGGAUGGCGCUCGGAGGGCUCGCGAAGUAGACAAGUACUAGAAGUCUCUUUAUUCUGUCCGUCCUAUGCAGUAGAACAGUCCAUCUAGACGAUACCCCCGACACGACUCUUACGAACGAACAAAAUGGCUAUGCGGAGCACCACGGCCUCAGUGAGCGAGAAGCUGGAUGCCGCGAGCAAACAAACGCCUCCUGCCACCGUCUCACCAUCCCCCUCUCCCUCUUCCACUAGCAGAACGCGAACACUCCCUCGUUGGGUCCCGACAUGGAUCGGCAGAGGAAUCAUUCGAGAUGUCCGCGCACGCGCUCCUUACUACGUAAGCGACUGGACAGAUGCUUGGAACUACAGGGUCAUUCCCGCCAUCGUUCUCAUUUUCUUCGCAAACGUACUGCCAGGUAUAGCGUUCUCUCUAGAUCUCAUAGAGACUACACAGCAGUAUGGUGUCUCAGAAGUCCUUCUCUCGUCAUUCAUGGCCGCCUUCGUCUUCUCCGUCUUCGGCGCCCAGCCGCUCUGCAUUGCCGGUGUGACCGGUCCCAUCACCGUGCUGAACAAAACGAUCUUCGACAUUAUAGAACGCCAGCCGGAUGCACCGAACUACCUACAGUUUGUUGGCUGGGUUUACAUGUGGGGAGCCAUCCUUCACUGGAUUACUGCCGCCCUCAAUUGGUGCAACUUCCUCCGAUACGUCACCCUGUUCUCGUGUGACACCUUCGGCUUCUACGUCUCUUGGGUCUACCUUCAGUACGGCGUCCAAGUGGUCACCCGCCAGUUCCCUUCCGACGCCAGCUCCUCUCCACCCACCGGCUCGACGCAGUCCGGGACCUCGACUCUCGACGGUGCCUUCGUCGGCAUCAUCCUCGCCCUCCUCAUGACCGUGUCCGCGUUCCUCUUCCGCACGCUCUCGCAAUCUGGCUACUUCCACCGGCACGUGCGCCGAUUCCUCGCGGACUACGGGAUGCCCAUAUCCCUGGUCGCGGCGUCCGCGAUGGCCUACUGGGGUCGCUUCAACCGGGCGAACUCCUCAACGCUCCCGACCGGCCACGCAUUCAUGCCCGCCAAUGAUAGGCCAUGGCUAGUCCGGUUUUGGGAGCUCGACGGCAAGUGGGUCGGGAUCGCGUUCCCAUUUGGCGUCGUUCUAUGGGUGCUGUUCUUCUUCGACCAUAACGUCUCGUCGCUGAUGGCGCAAGGGACCGGGUUCCCGCUGCGCAAGCCGCCAGGCUUCCACUACGACUUCUUCCUACUCGGCAUCACGACUUUCAUCGCCGGCCUGCUCGGCGUACCCGCCCCGAACGGCCUGAUCCCACAGGCGCCCAUCCACACAACUUCCCUCCUGGUCAUGGGUCAUGCGGGAAAGGCAGACAUAGAGGCCGCCGCGGCGCGCACUCCGUCCACGACAACCGCAGGGCCGGUCAUCUCAUCGCAACGCCCCAGCGACGACCUGGCCGUUGCCCAUACCCGCUCCCGCCUGCACCGCCCUCGGACCCCCGAUCUGGAGCCCGACCCGACACACGCGCGAGACGGCGAGGGCGACCUGCGGCAGCACGAGUUGCCCGUCGCGGUCGUCGAGCAGCGCGUGUCGAACCUCGCGCAGGGCGCACUCUGCCUCGUCCUCCUGACCGGGCCCUUCUUGCACGUCCUCGGGCUCAUCCCGCGGGGCGUCCUGGCCGGGCUCUUCUGGUACAUGGGCCUGGACGCCCUCGAAGGCAACGGGAUCACACGCAAGCUCCUGUACUUCCUGCGCGACCGGGCGCUCACGCCUGCGGACGAGCCGCUGCGGCGGGUCCGCAAGUCGCGGAUCCUCCUCUUCGUCGCGGUGCAGCUCGUCGGGUUCGGCGCGACCAUGGCGAUCACCCAGACCAUCGCUGCUAUCGGGUUCCCUAUCAUCAUCUUCCUCUUGGUGCCGCUGAGAACGUACGUGGUCCCCCGGCUGCCGUUCACCGAGAAGGAACUCGCGAUCCUGGAUGGGCCGACGGCGUCGCCUUUCACGAUGGAAUCCGUGGGUGGAAUCAAGGGUUCAUGACACGCACUAGAUUUGUGCAUCACGCCUUAUCGUCUCAGUCGUAGAGCAUCUAGCAAUGCCGAGCAUGCCACAUAUAGAGACACGAUUACCCAAUGCCUCCUGCAAAGUCCGAUAUCUCACCCAGCCCUCGGGCCUCGCUGACGCUUACAAACAUCAUCGCACGGGCGCGAGAAGGCCUAAGAUGGCAUCUACACUGUGAAUAUGCAUUUGCUUCCUCCUUCAGGACCACUGUGGCUGUGCUAUCCCAAUCUCCAUUUCACCCUCUCUGCCAUACAGAUGUUGCCUGCUACUUUCUUAGACUUAUCUCCGGCCUGCAAAGGGAGACGGGAUUACGCCGUUGUAUUCUUCGCAUCUGUCC